AUGGAGCAGAUAGACCGAUUGCUGGUUAUGUGUUUCCGUCGCUACGGCGGCCUGGUGCUGGUGCUAGCAGUACUAUUAUGCAUCCAAACCGACACUAGCAGUAGCAUACCGUUAGAGGAUAACAAUAGCAGUAGUGGCAGUAUUAGUAGUAUUGAAUCCCUCGAGUUGACCGCCUGUCAGCAUCUGAGGCGCGCGGAAGCGCGGCGAGCCAAGUCGUUGGGUGAUAGUCUGCUGCAGACGGUCCGGAUACCGCGGUGUACGGCGCUGGGUGACUUCGAGCCGGUCCAGUGCUCGAACGAGCUGAACGGGACCGAGUGCUGGUGUGUGGACGAGUACGGGGUCGAAAUAACGGGCAGCCGGCGGAGCCACGCGGACGAUGUCAACUGCACGCGGGUCGAGAACCACUGCCAGGCUUCCAGCUGCCGGAUGUUCUGCCCGGCCGGCUUCGCCAAGGACCUGGCGUCCGGAUGUCCGGUUUGCCGGUGCCGCGAUCCGUGCGAGGACAUCCAGUGCCCGCGGGGCCAACAGUGCGAACCGCAGGAAGUGCAGUGCAAAACCGAACCCUGCCCCCCCGUUCCGACCUGUCGCCAGGCACGCAGUUUGAACGACCUGUGCCCGGCGGGCCAACCGUUGGCCAUCUCCGGUACGGUGCGGCCCUUCCUGUGUGGGAACGAUCCCGGCAAACCGGGCUGCCCGCCGAUGUACCGGUGUCUGGUGCAGGGACGCAACGACUAUGGUGUCUGCUGUCCGGCCUCGCUGCAGUUUGAGAAGCCGGGCAGCUGCCCGAAGGCGAACGAAAUCGAAUCGACGCCGAGCGCCGGCUUCCUGUGUGGGACACCCUGCGGCCACGACCUCGAGUGCGCGCAGAUGCAGAAGUGCUGUCAGUCGGACGGGUGCGGCCGCAACUGCCAGCAGCCCCACAACGUGACCAUGUGCCACCAGGCGCGCAUGCUGUCGGAGUUGCUGUCGGUGAAUGAGCGCGAGGGGCGCGGGUAUGUGCCGCAGUGCGAGGGACCCGGCGGUAGCUUCUCCACCCGCCAGUGUUCCCGCAAUGGGCUGGUGUGCUGGUGUGUCGACCCGAAGAGCGGUAACAAGAUCAAGGGAACGAUGGGUGCGGCCUCGAUGGUGAGCUGCGAGGGUGUGGAGAACAUGAUCGCGGGCCGAGCCGGGGCCAGGAGUGUGGACGGCGCACAGGCACUGUGCGAUCACAACAUCUGCGCGGCGGUCUGUGAGUAUGGCUUCAAGAACGAUCACAACGGGUGUCCGACGUGCGAGUGCUCGGAUCCCUGCGAAGGCUACCUCUGCCCGGGCGGGUCCCACUGCGAGGUAGCGAAGGACCCCAAGUGUGAGCCCUACUCCGGGCUCUGCUCGUCCGAACCGGUCUGCAAACCCGAUCUGGUGUACUCGAACCCGUGCGAGAUCGGGACGCCGUUGGCGGACAACGUGACCGGCGAACUGCUAUUCUGUCACAUGGACCGACCGAAGAGCCGCGAAUACCAGAGUCGCAGCUUCUUCGAUGACGACGAGCUGGAGCGAGAGGAAGAGAACGGUCGCAAGCGAUCGAUGUCCAAUACGAUCGUGUGCCCCGUGGAUACGCACGAGUGUCGCAAGCUGCACGGAGAGUCACGCAGUGUGUGCUGCCCUCUGGUGAACGAAACCGACGAUGCAGACACCGCCGAAGAUCGCCAGCAAACCAUGUGUGAAUACUUGCGCGAUUUUUCCGAUCGCAUGGAGGGCACCGUGGAAGGGAUGGAACUGGCCCUCCCCCCACCGGCAUGCACCCCGGACGGAGGCUAUCAGGCGAUGCAGUGUGUUAGCCGCAAGAAGAAGGUCAAAGCGUCGGAGCAGCGAAAGUACAUCGAGCAGAACAGUAUCCGGCGGAUGCGGAAGAUGCUCGAGGAUGCUGCGUCCACAGUGACGACGACGACGACUGAUGCCGCCGCACCGGUCCGUGCUCGCCGGGCAGCCAAUCCAGCGCCGGACAGUACGCUGAAGCUGUUGCCGGUCGCGGGUCCAGAACCCGACGCAUUGGCGGCCUACAUUCGCCAACGAUCGGCGGCAUCAGGUUCGGCCGAAGUACAAGCCCGUUCGGCGAAGAUCAUCGACUUUAAUCGCUUGGAAUCGAAGAACGUACACUCGAACCUGGACAAACCGGAAAUCAAACCGUCGACGCUGCUGAAGCGCCCCCUGGUGCUGCCGACGGUUCCGACACCGGCCCAGGAGCAGCUGAUCGAGGUCGAGCUGGACGAGUGCUGGUGUGCCGACGGGUUCGGGACGGAAAUUCCCAAGACGCGCGGUUUCAAUGCCACCACCAAGGCCUGCGAGGCGCUACGGGAAGCCCUCGGGUGCCUGGAUCUGACGUGCCGGAUGGGUUGCGAUUAUGGGUUCGUGUUGGAUCCGGACACGCAGUGUCCUUCGUGUGAGUGCCGCGAUCCGUGCGACAGCAUCGGCUGCCCGGACGGUCAGGAGUGUCGCUCGGUGGAGGUGUCCUGCGAAGGUGAAUACUGUCCGCCCGUACCGGCCUGCUUCCCGAAAAAGCCGGGCCAGUGCCCGUUCCUGGUGCCCCCGGGGGCCGAGAAUUCGGAGUCGGACUCGUGUGAGUACGAGUGUCGAACGGAUGCGCACUGUGAUGGGCCGAAGCGCUGCUGCUCGAACGGAUGCGGAACGCAGUGCGUCGAGCCACAGCUGAAGACGGCCUGCCAGCAUCUGCAGACCAUCACGCUGCAUCAGGCCUCGGAGUUGGGCAUCCCGCCGAAGCAGAAGUACAUUGCGCAGUGCGACAUCGACGGUAGCUUCCGGACGAUCCAAUGUGGGCCCGGAAACGCGUGCUGGUGUGUGGACGAGUUUGGUAACGAGAAGAGUGGAACGCGCACCACCAACGGCCAGCCGGACUGCGAGCUGUACCCGGAGAAGACGGAGUGUCCGCUGCUGAAGUGCCGUCCGUGUGAGUACGGCUACAGGAUCGACGCGAACGGGUGCAAAACCUGCGACUGCCGGGAUCCGUGCGGUGAGAUUUCGUGUCCACGCGGCGAAGAGUGUCAGCUGAUUCAGGUGGAAUGCAUAUCCGUGCCGUGUCCGAAGAUGGCGAUCUGUGUGCCGAUCCGGGAGUCGGUUUGCCCCGAGGCUUUGCCACUGCGCUCGAACGGCCGGGAGAUUGUGUGUGGACCACAGACCGACGCAGACACGUGCCCUUCGACGCACAUCUGUCAGCUGAACCCGAUCAGCAACCGUGGUGUUUGCUGUGGCAAGACAAGAGACGUGUGCUUCGAGUCGAUCGACCAAAGCUGCCUAACGGUGACGGAUUCGGUGAACGGCGAAAGCAACGAACUGGAAACGAUCGUCCGUUGGCGCUUCAGCCCGCGGAUGAACAAGUGCGUCCCCGUGACGCUGCCGCGCGGUAUCUUCUGUCAGUCGAAAAACCUCUUCCACAGCGAGGCGGCCUGCAACGGGGUCUGUCCGGUGUUGUCGCAAUGUGAACGGUUGCGGUUGAAGAACACGAUGGCGGCGAAACGGGCCGGUCAACCGAACACCUGGUUCCAGCCACGGUGCGAUCCAGAGACGGGCUUCUGGAGCCCGGUUCAGUGUUUGGGCUCGAUGGCGGCACCCCAGAAUGGCACAACGACCGCCGAAACGGCCACCGUCGGUGUGUGCUGGUGUGCGGAUAAGAAGGGCGCCCCGGUGAAGGGCUCACUGACGAAGGGUUCCGAACCGAAGUGCAGCAGCCGCCAAGCGAGGCGUCGUGGUGAUUCCGGGGACUCGGCGGCAUCCUCCAGCGAUCCCGUGAUGGAAGAGCUGAUACGACAGAUUACGUUCCUGGUGGACGAGAACAACUACCUGGUGGAUGAGGAACUGGAACCGGUACCGCCGGUGUCCGUGACCAGCACGAACUACGCACCGGAACCGCGCUACAUCGGAACGGUUUCAUCCGUCACCGAGAAGGUCAUCGAGCUGGCGAGAACCGCGGAAAGCCGUAACUACAUUAGCGACUCGCAAGAACCGAUCCCGAAGCGACUUGGUGCGUCGGCCACACGUUGCCAGGCGCUCCAGCUAGCCGCGUCCUUCCCGGUGGCGUGUGACGUGAAGGGAGCCUUCGAACCGAUGCAGUGCAACGGGGACACCUGCUGGUGCGUCGACGCGGCCGGCAAUCAGCUGCCGCUGUCUAGCACGUUCAAACGCGCCACUCGCUCCUGUCUCUUCACACCGAUCGACGUCGUGGAGAUCGAGCUGCGGCUGAACAACGCGCACCAGCGAUCGCUGGUCCACGUGUACGAAACCCUGCGCACGGAGCUGACCGCACUGGUGGGCAGCAUCUUCGACAACUAUCGCGUGCAGGAAAACUCCGACGCCAGUGUCACGCUGCGGUUUGAUCUGAUCGAAGCGAACAAAGUGGACGACGCGUACGCCAUCGAGGAGAUGGUACGGGAGGGUUCCUUCGCCCUGUACCACGGUCACCUGAUAGCGGACAUGACGCAGUCCCGUUUCGCGCACCGUAUCUCCGCGGGGCUUCCGCUCGCGCAACCAUCGUCCGGAAUCCCGGAGAACACGUUCCAGACGAUCGUGUUCGUGCUGGCCACCGCGUCCGCCUUUCUGGUGGCCAUCUUUGUCGUGUUUGUGAUGCUCAAACGGGGCCGCGGAACGAAGGCGAAACACUACCAGAGCGGCGAGAAGGUGUUCGCGAUCGGAGCCGACAAGUACGUCGAUUACAGUUCGCCCAUCUUUGUGCUCAGUGCCAACGACAGCAAGUCUCUUCACCAGCACCAGCACCAACAUCCCCAUGACCGGGCGAACUAA